UUUUGGUGUUUUGUUAUCGUUGUUCCUAAGUAAACAAACAAAUCGAUACAUGCUUUCCUUCUGUUUUACUUGUUUCAGACAAGCGUAUAUCUCUCCCAUUUUUGGUUGAAUAUUUUUUAUCUAUUAAAUAUUUUUUGUUAUUCUGCUAUGCGGUUUGUUUUUUUAUACUGGGUUGUUUUUAUCAGACUUCUGGUGCAUGCAACGUAUCGAUCUGUUACGAAAGAUUCACACGUUGUUUCUGACUCAAGGAAAACACUUCAAGAUUGGAAUGCAAAUAGAUUUCAUGAAUAUCGGAUUAAAUCUUCUGUGUCUGUUCCAGUUGACUCAUUGUUUCCGUCACAUCAAACACUAUGGUUGGGCAUAGAAGCCGAUUGUAGCUACUUGGCCCAAUUUACAAACCGCGUAGAAGCAAAAAAGCACAUCCUACAAGAAAUAGAAAAAGUAUCUUCCUUAUACGAUCGCUCAUUUCACAUUUACGUGCAGGUUCUUCAACUUUUCCUGCCUUCUUCUGAAGAAUGCUUCGCAGGUAAACUUCCAAUGAGUGAGAAUGGGGUAGAUUUAGAAAAAAAUAGGCCUUUAGAAGAAAAACUAAACUCGUUUACCAAGAGAAAGGCGGAGAUGGCAAAUGAGAAGAACUCCUUGAUACCAAGUGCAAAGUAUCUUAGUUUGACUUCUGAAGACUCUGCCAGCCAAACUGUUUCUCCACAGGCGUGGCUUUUGCUCACAACAGCAAACGAUAGCAAACAAAAGGGCAUCUCUUGGUUUGCUACGAUUUGCAAUGGUUUUAGUAUUGAAGAUGAAUGGCAAGUGGGUCCAUCUAGCGUUGUAGCAGCUUACCCGAAUGAUUGGCCUAUCAUUGCUCACGAGCUAGGACAUAUUUUUGGAUUAAUUCAUGAUUGUGAUAAAGAAUCAUGUCAAAACCCGAAUGAAAGCUGCUGUCCUCUUUCACAUAUACUUUGUGACGCCCAAGGUUUGUAUGUUAUGCAUCCAUCCAACUCCUAUCCAAAGCACAAGUUUAGUGAUUGUUCAAUUUUACAGCUGCAUUCAUUACUAGCAAAAAACUAUAUUUCGUUCUCGUGCCUUUCCAAACCGUCUGAGGAUAUGGGCAUCAAAUUGGGAAUGUGCGGUAAUGGUAUUGUUGAAGGCGAUGAGGAAUGCGAUUGCGGGGAUGAUUGCAAUCAGAACCCUUGCUGUGAUGGGAAAACCUGCAGGUACGCUACUGGUUCAGUUUGCGAUGAUUCAAAAGAUAGUUGUUGCAAGAACUGCCAGUUAAGUCGUGCAGGAAUGGUAUGUAGAAAGGCAUCUGGACCAUGUGACAAACCAGAGUUUUGCACUGGAAAAUCUUCAGAAUGCCCUAAGGAUGAAAGUUGGGAAGAUGGAACAUAUUGUUCUUUACAUGACAGGACUGGUUCCUGUGCUUCUGGUAGAUGUACCUCUCCAUCAGAGCAAUGUCGAGAACUUACGAACUUUAGCAUCUCAGCUUGCCAACCCAGAAGCUGCAAGGUUUCUUGUAUGAAUGACAAUGGUGUAUGCUAUUCUAGCUCUAUAAAUUACUUAGAUGGUACUCGCUGUGCUGGAGGUUUAUGUUAUAAUGGAAAGUGCAUUCCAAUUGAAGAGACUUCGGCUGCUACAUGGAGAAAGCAGCCCUCUCUCUUUUGUGCUUCAGCUACCAUGCUCAUAUCACUGGCACUUAUUGCCUGGUUUUUCUGGUAGUGAGCCUUUCAAAUAGCGAGGAAUGCAUGGACCAUAAAAAUCCUACAUACAUGUAUUUAGCUACCAUUUUUCUGUCUUCAGUUUAUAAGAGCUUAUCUUCUGUAUGUAGAAUAUCAUAAAUUUUGAGCUACCCAAAGCAUAAUUAGUCUAAACUCCUAAUCCAUUACGUAUAGCUACAGCCAGAAAUUUUUUAUUUAUACCGG